GGUCGUCCGGGCUCGGGGGCGCGCUCGGUCCGCGGGGACGCGGCUCCCCGACAGCAGCGGGUUCUCCUGUAGCUCCCGCUGGACCCGGGAGCCCGGCGCUGCGGCUGCGCCCCAGGUAGGCGGGGCCAGGCAGUGGCUUCUCUAGCUCCCCGGCUGGACGGUGCGUUGAGCCGCGCACCCGGGGCUCACGUUCGCGCAGAGCGUCAGGCCCGCGGGAGCCCCAUCGCUGGAAGGGCCCGGGCUGGGUCUGGAGCCCCCGGGCCGGCCGCCCCCACCCUGCCCACUCGCCGCUCCGCAGCCCGCCGCCGCUGCCCUCGCCCGGGGGGACCGGGAGCCGGCAUGGCGCGCAGCCUCCCGGCCGCCUGGCCCCAGGGCCUGCUGACCUUCUGGGACGUGGCUGUGCACUUCACUCAGGAAGAAGGGGCACGUCUGGAUCCCGAGCAGAAGGCCCUGUACAGGGACGUGAUGCUGGAAACUUACAGGAACCUGGCCUCGCUGGGAGUUCCAGGAUCCAAACCAGAUCUGAUCUCCCGGCUGGAGCAAGGAAAGGAGCCCUGGGGCUUGGACCUGCUGGGGGCCAACGAAGGAGAGAUCCUGGAAGACCCCAGCAUGGAUUCCAGCCAGGGGUCUCCAUGUAAGCAAGUGACUGCAAGAGUGAGCAUGUCUCAAGCUGCGCAGCCUCCAGGAGAAGCAUCUGGAAGCUUCUCAGGGGUGGCGCCUCCAACACCGGUCUGCAGAGAAGCCCUUGGACACGAGGGCCGGUUAGGGAGCCUUGAGAACUUCGUUCUCCAGGAGAGACAGUUACACAGGACACACUGGACAAUCUCCAAAGGAGAAGGUGCCCAGAAAUGCAGUAGAUGGGGACCCAAGAUUUUCCUUAGUCCACCCCUUGGGACCCACGAGAGAAGCACUAAAGGGGAGAGAGCGCACACGUGCGAAACGUGCGACAAGAGCUUCAGGUACCUCUCGCGCCUGGUGAGGCACCGGGCCACCCACAGCGGCGAGAAGCCGCACGCGUGCGCGGAGUGCGGGCGCGCCUUCAGCCAGCGCUCCCACCUGGCGCAGCACCGCAGCGCGCACGCGGGCGAGAAGCCGCACGCAUGCGGGGAGUGCGGCCGCGCCUUCACGCGCCUCUCCACGCUGCACCGCCACCAGCGGGUCCACAGCGGCGAGAAGCCCUUCGGGUGCGAGCGGUGCGGGAAGACCUUCAAUUACAGCACCCUCCUCGCCCAGCACCGGCGGAUCCACACCCGAGAGAGGCCGUUCCAGUGCGCGAGAUGCGGCAAGAGUUUCAUCUGGAAGUCAAGCUUUAGAAACCAUCAGAAAUCCCACCUGUGCAGCGGUGCCGCUUGGACCUCUGCGAGUUAAGCUUUGGAAGCUGCCGCUGGAGGGGAGAAGGCUUGCGACUCGCUCCAGGCCUCCAUAGAAAUGAAGGGCUCUUCCUCCGUGGAGGGACCCCAGAAGGAUGUCCCCGGGCAAGUGGAAGCAACGCCACAGCGCGCCCAGCGUCGGGGACCGGAUUGUUGCUCCACCCACGAUCAACGUGUGCAUUUCAGGUCCCUCCCGUAACAGGAGGGCCGCCCAGGCUCCCUGCUCCUCGCCGGCGCCGCCCUGAAGUCUGCUCCGUUCGGCCUCGCUGUAGCAGCAAACUGGACAAAUGGAUGCUUUGAAGGUUACUAUUUUGAAGUGCAUCCGGAUUUUAUUUUUUAAAUGCAGGUCUUUGUUGCAACAUAGAUGGGUUCUAAACGCCUUUGGAACCCAGACAGGCUGCAGAGCGUCUGGAUAAUCUUUCAUCACACAACACACCUGAGCACCUGGCGAAGGGAGUCCGAAGGUCAGGAAGUUCUAGCCAUCAUUUGGUUCUGGCUUUUUAUUCUCGGAUGCUGAUUUGUUGCAGCAGAUGUGGUGGUUCCUUCCUCGGCCAGCUCAGCCCCUAGCGCUGUCAGGCACUGAAGGCUUUGCUCACUCAGCCUCACUUUCCUGUGCGCUGACUUUCUCCUUAAGUCAGGCAGUAUGAAACGUGGAGUGUGCAUUUCGUUUUUGUGCUUUUUUCAGCCAGUUCCAGAGAGAAUGAGUUUGCAUAGUACAAAAGUUUUCUAUACAAUGAUGACGUUAAAGACUAUUAAAACACAUGGUAGAAAUAUGAGACGAGGUUAUAAAAUAGACCAGUGGUCGUGAAACACACGGAGUGAUAUGAAAGUGAGCUGGCAAACGCUGCCCAAGCAUCGAGGAGCAGGGCAAGGCUCUUCCUUUGUGUCCGUGCUCACCAAUUAAACCUGGCAUUCCUGGAAGGAUCAUGCUUGCACCUAAAGGCUGAGCGUCACCACGUAUAGUGAAACUCGAAGUGUGUUCAGCCAUUUUCUCAUGGACAGUUUAAAUAAAGAAGCACUACAAGAUCAUUCUAGGAAAUAUACAAAUAUACAAUAAAGUAUAUGACGUGU